AUUCAAACUCAGAACAUCCUCCUCAUCUCAUCCACAAGUCCCAUCUUCUCUCAACAUGUCCUGCAACAGCUGCUCUGGAAACGUCUCCCAGUCCUUUGGGGGUCAGCUGCAAUACCCCAUCUCUUCCUGUGGUUCCUCCUACCCCAACAAUGUCUUCUACAGCACUGACCUCCAGACUCCCAUCACCCACCAGCUGGGCUGCUCUCUCCAGAGCGGGUGUCAGGAAACCUGCGAGCCCAUCGGCUGCCAGACAUCUUACGUGGUGUCCAGCCCCUACCAGAGGCCUUGCUACCGCCAGAGGAUUCCAGUGUCCUGCAGCCCCUGCCAGUCAGCUUUCUCGGGAUCUCUGGGCUUUGGUUCCAGGGGCUUCCAGUCUUUUGGUUGUGGCUACCCAACCGUGGGCUUUGGAUCCCGUGGUGGUUUCCAGUCAGUGGGAUGUGGUACUCGCACUUUCUCAUCCCUAAAUUGUGGAUCCAGCUUUUACCGCCCAACCUGCUUCUCUUCUAAAAGCUGCCAGUCUGUUUCUUACCAGCCAACCUGUGGGACUGGCUUCUUCUGAUCUUAUUCUGGCGAAAUUAGAAAUGUAAAAGGUGCCUACUACCUACCGUGUUAAGAGCCGUGCUGUCUUUUCAUCUCCUAUAUUAAUUAGCCUAGAAAUCUGACUUCUACUCACUCUUAGAGUUCCCAUGAUUGGAAAAUAUAUUUAAUUGGAGAAGGAUGUUUGAUUGUUUUCUUAUCAUUUUCUAGGCAUGCAAAACUCCAGCAAAAUUUUUCUUCACAUGUCUCUUAGUAAUUACCCAGACUGUCAAUGUCUUGAUUUUUACAAAGGGGAGGGUUGAAAACUUAAAUAAAUGUAUGCAACUG